GUCUUUCAAAAUAAAAGCAAACUAGUCAUUUUUCUCUGCGGUUUGAAAGACAUUUGAACAGCACAUUUUACCUGUACGUCUUGUUUGUGUAAUUGCAUAGUGUACUCUAUUAUUAGAGGUAAGUCAGGGGGGGAUGUUAAAGGCAAUGUCGCCCCCUGCUGGUAGCAAGACCCCCCAUACUAGUUGUAAACUCCUGCAAGUUGCAGCCUCCUACAUUUUUGUGAGAGCUCGCAGUUGCCAAAGGUGGGACAGACUGAUCCAAAUCGAGGCUUGCAGGGUGUGUCUAGGUGUGUCUGUUGUCUCUGCGCGAGGAGCUGCAACGACAGAAUAAAAAAAGGGAAAACUCUAAGGAGGAGGAGGAGGUCAAACAAGUGACCAAACCAGAGGAGUUGAAUUUCAGUUAGUUGGUUUUCUGUUUCUGCGACAGAAACCCGACUUGGACUCGUCCUCCUCUUCGGGGUCAAAGUCCGUCAAUUCUUCUUCUUCUGUUUUUUUUUUUUUUAAGUUAAUAAUGGCGAAAGUGCUAUUUUUCGUCAUCUGUUUGCUGACGUCCUGCGUGGAGUCGUGUCACCUCCCCGGCUCCCUCUACGUCCUCGUCCCCCAAAACAUCCCCGUUGGUUACCAAAUCACAAAAGUCCAAACCUCCGACUGUGACCCUAAAACCCUGAGACUGACCCUGAAGGACCCCAGCUUUAGUAUCCGCGGGGACGGAGAGGUGGUGGCUGAAUCCUCCGUGUCUCUACCGGACGGGGAGCGGACAUUUUCCGUCCGAGCCCGGGACCAGAAUGGACCGGAAAGUGCGAUGGAAGUCCACCUUUACUGUAACAGAGAGCAGCAACAAGACUUUAAAUGGCAAGGCCUCCUGAAGAGAACUAAAAGAGCUUGGCAGCCUCCACCAACCCACAUCCUGGAGAACGACUCAGGUCCAUUCCCCAAGGAUGUUGAAACGCUGGUUUCCGAUUCAUCAGGCAAAUUUGACGUGUAUUACACUAUCAGUGGACCUGGAGCCGAUCAGUAUCCAACCGGAGUUUUCAGCCUGAACCGGGACACCGGGUUGUUACAAGUCCACAAGACACUGGAUCGAGAAGAGAGAGAGACUUACACAUUUAGGAUCAGCGUUUUUAAAAGAGCCUCUCACGAGCCGGCAGAUGACCCUAUGACUUUUGUCAUUUAUGUCGAUGAUAAGAAUGACAACCCUCCAGAAUUUGUUGGUAACCUACAGUUCACCGUGCUGGAGCAAACCGCAGGGGCCAUCGUUGGGAAAGUGAACGCUACAGACAAAGACAAACAAGAGACUGAUCACGUUAGAAUCAAGUACUCAUUGAAGUCUGAGUUAAACCUCUUUACCAUAAACCCUGAUAGCGGUGUAAUCACCACACUAACCAACACUCUAGAUAGAGAGGUCAAAGACAAGUAUACGGUCAUCGUAGAGCUCCGAGAUUUAAAGGGUGCUCCCGGAGGAUUGUCUGCCACGGGGACAGCAACUAUUACUCUGAGUGACAUCAACGACAACCCGCCAACUUUCAGCAAGACAUCUUAUGAAGCCACAAUCAAAGAAAAUGAAAGUGAAAAGCUUAUCCUUAAGAUUCCCCUGGACGACAAAGAUUUGAUAAACACACCAAACUGGAUCUCCAAUCUUGUCAUCACCAAAGGAAACGAGAGUGGAGACUUCAGGGUGGAAAUGGAUCCCAAAACAAACACCGCAAGUCUGUUUGUUGUGAAGCCUUUCGAUUAUGAGAAGACCAAAAAUAUAAACCUGGAAGUUUCAGCUCGCAACGAAGCAGAUCUUACGGGCACCGCCGCCCAGUGGCAGUCCAUACCCAUCGUUGUCUCCAUCUCCGACGUGGACGAAGGCCCAGAAUUCAGUGCUCCUACUAUCCGCUUCAAGGUCAAAGAGAACACACCAAACGGCACAGUGAUUGGAAGUUACACCGCUGUGGAUCCAGAAACCAAGAGCAGCAGCGGCAUCAGGUACUACAAAAUGCAGGACCCAGCUUCGUGGAUCAAUGUUGACACAAACACCGGAGAGCUUAAGGUCGCCAACACGAUUGACAGAGAGUCGCAUUACGUCUAUGACGGGCUGUACAACAUCACCAUGAGGGCGGUCGAUCCCUCCUCGAAGACGGGAACCGGAAUGGUCAUCCUGGAGAUAGAGGACGUCAAUGACAACAUGCCGGUGUUUCCCUCUCGACUGGUGCUGUGUGAGAAGAAAGACCAGAGUCUGGGCUCGCUGCUCGUCACAGCUGAAGACAAAGACAAGUCUCCGUUUUCUUCACCUUUUGUCUUCUCGCUUGCAAAUGAAAAAGAAGAGGACUGGUCCAUUGAGAAGUUUAAUGACACUACCGCCUUUUUAAAGCAGGUUAAGGAUCUUCCAAGAGGAAAAUAUGAAAUUCCUCUUACUGUCACGGAUCAGCAAAGCUUCGGCUCAACUCAGACAGCAACAGUGACUCUGUGCGUGUGCACCAACCAAGGCGUCUGCCAGGCAAACCAGAGCUCUGUAUCAUUGGGCCCUCUGGGUAUUCUGGCUCUGCUGCUGCCUCUCUUCCUCCUCCUCCUCCUCUUUUUACUCCUCGCAUUUUUCUGCACCACAAGGACCGAUAAAGUCCCGUUUGAUGAAACCGGAUACAGCGGUGGGAUCCUGCUGCCGUCAAACACGGAGGCCCCCGGAGACGAAGUGGACAGCACCCUGAUCCCCAUCUCGGCCGUCGUCGGAGGAGGCCAGCAGCAGCUGAAACAGUCCUCAAAAAUCUUUGACCCCACAUGGAUCGGAAACAGAAGCGGGAGCACCCUCGGGGGCCACAGCAUCCACGAGAACGGAUUCCACCAAAUGUCCACCACCAACAUGCAACACUUUGGCUCUGGACAGUACGAAACCCAAAACUUUGCAGGGAACGGCAUGAGCCUGGACAGAUAUCUAGGCCAGGACUCGUCCCUCAUUCAGUUCUGGCAGACGAACGAGCGCUGCCUCAACCAGAAACUGUCCACCAUGGCAGAGGAAGGGGACGGGCGAUUCGCCGACGACAUCGCCCACUGCUACGGCUACGAAGGGGCGGGCUCCACCGCCGGCUCCGUCGGAUGCUGCAGCAACUUCGGCGACGAGGAAAACCUGGACUUCCUAAACACGCUGGGACCAAAGUUCAAAACUCUUGCAGACGUGUGCAAGAAGACAUGAACAAAGAAAGAGACUUUACACGCCGGUUCAUGAGUUCACUACUGACUGCAGAGCGCAAAGGCCUGGAAUCAUGAAUGAGAUGUUAGUGUGUAUAUGUAGUUCUGUUUUGGUCUUUUGCACUGAAAACUAUGCAUUUACUGUUAGUUGUUUAUCAUUUGCACAACACACUGCUUUGUGUUGCUCUAGAACGGGGUGGGCGAACUCCAUAUGCGGCCUAUCAAACUAUUUAAUACUUUAUAACACUCACACUAUAGGGAUUCUCCUGCUCCUUUCCGUACGCUUUUGGGGCGUGAAAACGUAAUCACAUUUUCAGUGAUUUUAGCAAUCUUGAUAUCAAAACAUUCAGCUUGUUCAACUACAAACAGUGGCUUGUACUUUUGGUUUUCAUGAACUUUAUAGUUUUUAUAGAAUAACUUG